AUGGCGGAAGCUAGCGCCUCGGUGCUGAGACUGAGAAAACAGCUGGAAUAUGGCAACUUCCAAGCGGAACAAUACGUUAAGCAUCUCUCCCAACAGUCGGACGGGGACCGCGAUCUGCAGGAGCACCGGCAGCGUAUCCAGAGUCUGGCGGACGAAACGGCGCAGAGCCUGAAGCGCAACGUUUACCAGAACUACCGACAGUUCAUUGAAACCGCCAGGGAGAUCAGCUACUUGGAGGGGGAGAUGUAUCAGCUCAGCCACAUCCUUACCGAGCAGAAGGGGAUUAUGGAGAGCGUCGCCCAGAACCUGCUGCACACCGACCGAUCUGAUGCCGCACGGGAGCUGAAAGCUGCUUACCACAAGGCCGAGGGGGAGAAAUCUAGUAACCCGACCCUGCUGGAAAAAGUGGAGGGCUGCAAAAAUCUAUUGGAGACACCGGGAAGGUACUUGGUAUAUAAUGGGGACCUGACUGAAUUUGAUGUAGAUAAUAUGACCCUUAUUCAGAAAGUCCAUGCUUUUCUGAUGAAUGACUGCUUGCUUAUAGCUACAUACUUCCCAAAUCGCAGAAAUGCGUUUAAAUAUGAUGCUUUACAUAACUUGGAUGACCUUGCUGUAGUGAAUGUAAAAGAAAACCCACCCAUGAAAGAUAUGUUCAAGAUCCUUAUGUUUCCUGAGAGUCGCAUUUUUCAGGCAGAGAAUGCAAAAAUAAAGAAGGAGUGGCUUCAGUUUUUGGAAGAUGCUAAAAAGAAUAAAGUUUUGAAUGAUGAGUCUAAAAAAGAAGCUGCAGCUCUGUGUUCUCCUACUGUGGCAGAUGUAUCCGAUAACCCAUUUUUGGAUGAAGAAAAACCAGCUGAAGAGGAGGAGGUAGACCUGUCUUUGGAAUGGAUUCAAGAGCUCCCCGAAGAUUUGGAUGUCUGCAUAGCCCAGAGACAUUUUGAAGGAGCUGUUGAUCUUUUGGAUAAUUUAAAUGUUUAUUUACAGGAUAAACCUUCAAGUCAUGCUGUGCAAGAAUUGAAAGCGAAAAUAGAUGUGCGUGUUAGGCAGUUAACUGAUGUUUUAGUAUUUGAGCUCUCUCCAGACAGGUCACUGAGAGGAGGUCCAAAGGCAACACGUAGAGCUGUUUCUCAGCUUAUACGUUUAGGUCAGUCCACCAAAGCAUGUGGGUUAUUCUUGAAGAAUAGAGCUGUUGCAGUGCACACUGCUAUACGUCAACUGAGAAUUGAGGGGGCAACAUUACUUUAUAUACAUAAACUUUGUAAUGUCUUUUUUACUAGCAUGCUUGAGACAGCCAAAGAGUUUGAGAUGGAUUUUGCUGGAAACAUUGGCUGCUAUUCUGCCUUCAUUGUUUGGUCCCGUUCUGCUUUGAAGAUGUUUGUUGAUGCUUUUAGUAAGCAGGUCUUUGAUAGUAAGGAAAGCCUUUCUACUGCAGCAGAGUGUGUAAAAGUUGCUAAAGAACAUUGUAAGCAACUUGGUGAAAUAGGCUUAGAUCUAACUUUCAUACUCCAUUCAUUUUUAGUGAAAGACAUAAAAGCUGCUUUGCAAAGCAACAAAGAUAUUAUUAUUGAGGCCACAAAACAUCGUAAUUCUGAAGAAAUGUGGAGGAAAAUGAACCUCAUGACACCUGAGGCUUUGGGAAAGCUUAAAGAAGAAAUGCGAAACUGUCGUAUAAACAGUUUUGACCAAUAUACAGGUGAAGACUGUUGGGUAAACUUAAGUUACACUGUCGUAGCCUUCACAAAACAGAUCAUGGCCUUUUUGGAAGAAGCACUUAAACUGUACUUCCCAGAAUUGCACAUGAUUUUUCUGGAAAGUUUAAUGGAAAUAAUAUUGGUUGCAGUUCAACAUGUAGACUACAGUUUGAGAUGUGAGCAAGAGUCAGAAAAAAAAUCAUUCAUAAGGCAAAAUGCAUCUUUUUUGUAUGAUACUGUUCUUUUUGUUGUGGAAAAGCGAUUUGAAGAGGGUGUUGGAAAGCCAGCUAAACAAUUGCAGGAUUUGAGAAGUGCAUCUAGAUUGGUUCGUAUUAACCCUGGCACUACAUCCAUAGUGUAGCAAUGAGUUUUUGGGUUUUUUUUCUUGAAGAGCAAUAUAUACCCUGAUAAUGAGAAGCGCUUUUUUUGUUAAUUUUUCUAACAAAUCUUCAGUAAAAAAACAUGAUUAUAUGUUCUGCUUAGUAAAGCAGUUUCCAUGUUUGCUCAACUGAGUUGCAGUAAUAUAUUUGCACAUUUCCAGAGCACCAGUAUCCCUAGUGGUCAAAUCCUCAUGAAAAAUUAUUCAUCUUAUAUUUGCUGCAUCUCUCUGGCUUAGGUUUACACUUUUCUUUCUGCAAGGAAAAAUCUACAAAACUGGUUGUGUUUUAAACUUUGCAAUGUUUCAGCAGAAUGUUCUUCAGUGAACUUGUCAUACUAACAUUAAACUACAUUAAGAUUUUGCUCUAGGUUUCUCUCACAACUGAGCUAGGAGGCUUAUAUUUGUUUUUAACACUUUUGCAUGUAUACAAAUAUAAAUAAAUUUCAUAUAUGUAAGGAAAAA